CAAGUUCUGAAAUGCCUUGUGUCUCCAUUGAAAUGAAGAAUCUUUUAUUGGGUUUGACUCUUUUUGGUCUCACUCUCUUAACCGUUCACGUAAAUGGGAUUAUGGAGUUUGAUGAAAUGGAGUGGUUUACAAAUAUCAAUGGAACAAAGGUGUUUCAAACUGAAAGUGAUGUUUAUUCUGAAGCAAAGUUUCCAAUGGUUGGACUCACUCUCAUUCAAUCUGCUGCUGCUAAAGGAGCAGUAUGUUUAGAUGGAAGUCUUCCUGGAUAUCAUUUUCAUCGCGGGUCUGGUUCAGGAGCAAACAACUGGCUUGUUAACCUCGAGGGAGGUGGAUGGUGCGAUACCAUUAGAAAUUGUGUAUACCGCAAAACAAGCCGCCGUGGAUCGUCUAAGUACAUGGAGAAAAAUAUACCUUUUACAGGAAUUCUAAGUGACCAAGCCGCAGAUAAUCCAGAUUUUUACAACUGGAAUAGAGUGAAAGUUAGGUACUGUGACGGUGGAUCUUUUAGCGGAGACAGCGAAAAUAAGGCUGCACAACUUCAGUUCAGAGGAAAAAAAAUAUGGUUAGCUGCUAUGGAAGAUUUGAUGGCAAAGGGAAUGCGUCAAGCCAAACAGGCUCUGCUCUCUGGAUGUUCUGCUGGAGGUCUUGCAGCCAUUUUACGGUGUGAUGAUUUUGGGAAUAUGUUUCCUCCUUCUACUAAAGUGAAAUGUUUGAGUGAUGCUGGCUUUUUCCUUGACGCCAUCGAUGUUUCUGGAGGUCGAUCUCUUAGACGUUUAUAUGCUGGUGUGGUAAAGUUACAGAAUCUGGAAACAAAGCUCUCUAAGGAGUGUUUAAACCGUCUUAAUCCAACUUCAUGUUUUUUCCCGCAAAACCUAAUCAACCAAAUCAAGACUCCAUUGUUUAUUCUAAAUACUGCCUACGAUUCGUGGCAGAUCCAAGAGAGUUUAGCUCCCAAAACUGCAGACCCAAGUGGAAGUUGGCAUGAUUGUAGACUUGACUACACCAAGUGCAAUACAACUCAGAUCCAGUUUUUGCAAGGUUUCAGGACUCGUAUGGUGAAUUUGAUCAAAGGUUUCGCAAAGCCGAGUAAGAACGGAGUGUUUCUUAACUCGUGUUUUGCUCAUUGCCAAACAGAGAGGUAUGACACAUGGUAUUCCAAAAACUCUCCUGCGGUUAACAACAAGGGAAUUGCAGUAGCUGUGGGAGAUUGGUAUUUCGAAAGAGGAGGAGCAAAGCUCAUAGACUGUGCUUAUCCUUGUGACAAAACUUGCCACAAUUUAGUCUUUAGAGGAUAAUUUUCUUAUUUUAUUUUGGCAUCCAAAUCCCCUUUUUCCUUCUUUAAAGAGCAUCUC